GGAGUGUUGGAAGACAAAUACUUAAAGAGAGAGGAGACAACAAUUCAUGGUGGUGGACUAACUCUGCAAACCUAAACUGAACAGCUCAGAAAAUGUGUAAGGGAUUAGCUGCCCUGCCCCAGACAUGUCUGGAAAGGGCUAAGGAAAUCAAGAUUAAAUUGGGAACUCUGCUUCAGAAGCCAGAGAAUUCCAUCGACCUUAUCAUCCCCUACCAAGAAAAGCCAGAGAAGAAACCAGAGAAGCUUCAGAAACCUACACCUGAAGAGGCAGCUCAAUGGCAUGAGUCCCUUGAUAAGGUCCUCUCCAACAGCUAUGGCCUGGCCACCUUCAUGAGCUUCCUGAGAUCUGAGUUCAGUGAGGAAAACAUUGAGUUCUGGGAGGCUUGUGAGGACUUUAAGAAGACCAAGUCCCCCCUGAAAAUGGCCACUAAAGCCAAAAAGAUUUAUGAGGAUUUCAUUCAGACUGGUGGGCCCAAAGAGGUAAACAUCGACCACUUCACAAAAGAUUUGACUCUGAGGAACCUGGUGGAUCUUUCUUCUUCUACCUUCGAGCUGGCUCAGAGCCAAAUCUUCACUCUGAUGGAGAAAGACUCUUUUGGUCGGUUCCUGAGGUCUGAGCAGUAUCAGGAACUUAUCAAGUAAACUGACUUAUCCAGUUGCAGGGAGACAAAAAAAAAAAAAAUAGGCAAGAAGAAUCAGUGCCACUUUUUUCAAGACAAAAUUGUCUCAUAUGGACUUCAGUUUUUCUUUAUAACUGCAUAACAUACAAAAUACUACUUUUAUUUACUUUUUAUUUUAUAUAAUUCUUUAAUAUACUUUAUUGAACAAAAUACAUUCCUGAACAUCAAUUAACAAAACAAAACAAAAAACAUUGGGUAUAAAUGUAUUUGUCUCCCUGUAGCUGACUGAAUCAGCCCAUUGCUAAUGAGAACAUCUUAAUGUCUAUUGUUUAGUUAAUGUGAUUCCUGCCCAGUGCUUUGAAUGUCAAAGUCAAGAAACUUAAUAAAGAAGUUAUCAAUCAGGGAUUAAGAGAAAUACCACUCCUCAUAAAAAUGUGAUUUGUCAUUAACAAACAUUUGAAUUGUACAAGUGCCAAGGGUUUGAAGCACCUCUUAAAAUGUUGUAGAUAUGUCUGAUUAUUUGGAGUUACUCUCUUUUCUGACCCCUGUAGACUAAAUAAAGCUCUGAGAAUGAUCCCCGCUUGUUAUUCGUGGCUUUUCCGGUAAGUGCAGAAGUGGUUCAUGUACUUUUAAUGAGGACAUUCUGACCUAAUGGAGUUUUGUCCUCUUAGAAGAAGCAUCUUAGCACAAUCUAAAUUGCAGGGAAAGGGUGUGUGAAUGGGAUAUGGGAAUGGGAAAUGUCUUUUUUGGGGGGGGGGUAUCUGUGUUCAUUGCCCGUGGAGAAGUAGCCCAUUUAGUACAGAAAGCUUCACUCUAAGUCAAUGUAGAGAAAACAAGUGAAGUGCUAAGAUGCACUGCAGUCUCUGGGAACUUGUUGGGUGGUUACCACUAUUGAAAGUUGCUAAGAUGGGAAUAUCAAGUAGGAGGGAAUCUCUAUAAAGCACUGGGCACAGUAUAUUUUUAUUCUAAAGGCAAUGUUAAUUCCCAUGCAAGAUUAAAAGCAGAUUAGAUCAUGGAAACCCGAAACAAUGAAACAGCAAUGGUUUACCAGAAUGCCACAUAUUCAGUACAUUGUAAGUCUUAUAAACUUGUAGUCUAGACAAGAAUAAUCAAACUACAAUUAAUACUUCCAUUUACGUUUUUUGUUUGUUUGUUUUUUUUGCCCUUAGCAUGUGCAGCUUUUAGUGUUCAAUCAUACGUUUUGAGAAGUAUGGAAUUUAUUACAGUGUGAAAGGCAUAUUAAACACCAAAAUGUAACUCACAAGUGUGAUGUUCAGUACACUUUUGCAUGCUUUUUUUAUGUAUGUUUUAUCAGACACAAAUACUCCUGCAUGUUUCUAUCUUUAUCAUACUACAGUAUGUGUGUAGCUGUGUGACUAAAUAUCCAUUCAUAUUCAUUGAUAUAUAAGCACUGAUAAGCAGGUGCUUUCAGAAGUCCUUACUGAUGCCCCACAAAUGCAUUUUUAUUUUAGUUCACUGCAGCAACAACAACAAUAAAGUGAUUCAGAUCAAGAACCAAUAUGAUUGUUCAUGAAUUGGGUCUUUUUAAAUUUUAUAAUCAGUAAAAUAAUUAUAAACCAUAUUGCCAUAUAGUUUUUAUUAUUUCCUUUGAGGUAACUGCUGAAAAUAUGUCAAGUUGUCAGUAAGGACUGACAGAGUACCUUGCUCCUACAAAAAAUCUGCAUUAAAAACUAUAUGCAUGUA